GAUGGCCCGAAAAGAGUAAAGGGGUUGGAAAUGGUGUUAGCAUGAGACAGGGUAGAUGUCAUAUGAUUGGUUUUAUGAGAAAAUUUCGGAAGAUAAAACUUCGAUCUACCUUGUUCGACUCUUAUGCUGAACUGCAAAAUUACCUGGUUCUUUCUUCAAGUCUGCAGAUCAGUGUGUGGGGUCCACCAGCUUGGUGUUCAGUUCUCGGGGUAUCAAGAGAUCGUCUGCAAAGAAUAGGACACUUGUUGUCAAAGCAAGCUACAGUGAUGGCGGAAGGCCAAACACCGCAAGCAUCUUCGUCGCUUAGCAAGGCAUUAACUGGAGCUGAAAGAAAGGAGCUCAUGAGAAAACUGCCAAAGUUCAUCUAUGAUGAAGAAAAGGCUUUGGAGAAACAACGCAAGAAACUGUCUGAGAAGAUUGAACAGCUCAACUUAGCUAUCGAUAAUAUGUCCAAUCAGUUGAGGACAAGAGAAACUACAAACGAGCCAAUUGUGAUCCCGAGUGACGUUGAUGCAGUCUAUUAUGUUACAGCCAUGGCAUCCCAUGCAGCUUUGGCCUCUUCAAGAAUCCCAACAAGCACCAGAUUUACCUCCAAAACCCCCCACUCUUUUCCUGCUCAAAGCUUCUCAAAGAAGCAUGAAUUUGCUGAAUUUUCUGGGCUGAAGUCCAUUGGAUGUGUGACCUUUGCCAAGAAUGGCACAGAUUCUUCCUACUUCUUUGAUGCUGUGGCUGCACAGCUCACUCCAAAGACAGUAGUCUCAAAUCCAGUCAAGAAGCCCACAGUUGCUAAGUUGAAAGUGGCCAUAAACGGGUUCGGGCGAAUCGGGAGGAACUUCCUUCGCUGCUGGCAUGGCCGCAAGGACUCGCCACUCGAAGUUAUCGUAGUCAAUGAUAGUGGUGGCGUGAAAAACUACGACUCGAUGCUCGGGACAUUCAAGGCCGAAGUGAAAAUAGUCGACAACGAGACCAUAAGUGUCGAUGGCAUGCCCAUCAAGGUCGUUUCUAGCCGGGAUCCCCUCAAGCUUCCGUGGGCCGAGCUAGGAAUCGACAUUGUCAUUGAGGGGACUGGUGUGUUUGUGGAUGGGCCGGGAGCUGGGAAGCACAUUCAAGCCGGGGCUAAAAAGGUAAUUAUUACAGCCCCGGCAAAAGGUGCAGAUAUCCCGACAUAUGUUGUGGGUGUCAACGAGAAGGACUACUCUCACGAGGUCGCUAACAUCAUAAGCAAUGCUUCUUGCACGACCAACUGUUUGGCUCCGUUCGUCAAGGUCAUGGACGAGGAAUUUGGUAUUGUCAAAGGAACAAUGACUACAACUCACUCAUACACCGGUGAUCAGAGGCUUCUAGAUGCUUCCCACAGGGACCUUAGACGGGCUCGGGCCGCGGCCCUAAACAUCGUGCCCACGAGCACUGGUGCAGCUAAGGCCGUGUCACUCGUCCUUCCGCAGCUCAAGGGAAAGCUCAACGGUAUUGCCCUUCGUGUCCCCACUCCAAAUGUCUCGGUGGUUGACCUCGUUGUGAAUGUCGAGAAGAAAGGGAUAACGGCUGAAGAUGUAAAUGCGGCCUUCCGGAAGGCGGCUGAAGGCCCGUUAGCCGGUGUGCUGGACGUGUGUGAUGUGCCACUUGUCUCGGUUGACUUUAGGUGCUCGGAUGUCUCGUCAACCAUUGACUCAUCGUUGACUAUGGUGAUGGGGGAUGAUAUGGUCAAGGUUGUGGCUUGCCAAAGGGUUGUUGAUUUGGCUCAUCUAAUGGCGGACAAGUGGCCGGGGGGUAAAGUGAAGGGGAGUGGAGAUCCAUUGGAGGAUUUCUGCGAGACGAGCCCUGCAGAUAAGGAGUGCAAGGUUUAUGAAGCUUGAUCUUUUUCUUUAUUACUUAUUUUUGGAUUUUUGUCAAGAUCUUUUAUGAGCUAAAGAAAGGAUUUCGACUUUCUACCUCGAAUUUCUUGUUCUUUUCUACGAUAAGGAUAGACGGAUGCAGAAAGACGCGUGUAUUAAUAAAAAUGUUGAACCAAUAUUUGUUAUAAUUGUUGCUUUUCUCUAGAGUUCGGACUGAAAGAAUGAACUUUGUGCAAUAAUAUUCACUUAUAGAUGUUCUCUUCUUUUUUUC